UUGAGCCACGCUCUGCUAGACGCCGCACGCUUUCGGUUCUGCUGCUUUUGAAACGCGCACGCGACGAGCAUUUCUUUCCAGCUCACUCACAGCAACAAAAGAACACACAAAAAAAAAAAUAAAAUAAAAUAAAAAGAAAAACUACGACCGGCUUUGUAAAGGAUAACAACUUUUUUUUCCUAUUGCCAUAGCCGUGUCUAAUAAAAAACGUGUGGAAAACAAAAACAAAAUACGAAAGAAAAAGCAAAAACAAAGAAUACGUGAUUAUCGCUUGUGUGCAAAAUUUUUAUUGCAAUAAGGCAGAAACCUCUGUGCGUGUUAUACACACCUAACAGUGUCCUGCAGGAUAGCUCAUCAAGGAUUCUGUAUACAUAUGCCCGCUGUAUGCUGCACACUCGGAUUAUUUCCAUUUGCACAUAUUUUGCCCUAAGCGAAACAAAAUUCCCAUAGAGUUCUUUAAAGUAAAUCACAACAAGGCCAAGCAACAGCAAACACUGCACGAUGGGUGAGCUAGAGGAGAAGGAAACGCCACAGACUGAGACGCAGGGGCAACAGGAAACGCUGGAGGAGCCCAAGGAGACGGACAAAAUGCUGGACAGCAAGAAGGAUGAAGCCAAAGAGAAAUCGCCCAGUCCACAGACAUCGAAGCCGGCAUCGCCCAAUGCCGGCAAGAAGUCACCGGUGCCAGGGGCAGAGGGCAAUCCGGCUGAGAAACCAGCUGGCGAGGAAAUUAUUGACAUACCCGCAGAGAAUGGCAGCAAGCCCAACGGAGCUGGAGCCGAUGGCGAUGAGAAGAAGAUCAGCAAGGAGGAGCGCGAAGUGAAGCCGAAGAAAAUACCAAUCGGUGGCCUGAAGCUGCCUGGUUUCUUCAUGAAGAACAAGCCCAAGGCGGAGGGCGAUGGCGCCGAGGGUGAGCUGCUCGAGAAGGACAAGGAGCAGGCGGAGGAGAAGGAGGCCAAUGGCGAUGCUGCAGCAGCGGCCGCUGGCAAAGAUGGCGAGCAAAAGCCACGACCUGGUCUUGGCCAGCGUUUGCGCAAUUUCUUUGUGCGCAAGCCAGCCGCUGAUAAGGAGCAGCAGAAGAAGCAGCUGACCAACGGCGAUGCGGAUGCCAAGUCGGAAGCCACAGCUGAAGCAGCGGCUGCUGAGGAUGCAGAUCCGCCGCCGAAACGCGGCUUACUCAAUGCCAUCAAGCUGCCCAUUGCCAACAUGAUACCCAAAAAGCGAAGCGGCGAUGAUGUGGAGCUGGGCCUGGGCAAGGCUGGACUGGCCUCGAUGGAGACCCUCGACGAUUCGCUCAAGGAUCAAGACACUGUCGAUCGUGCGCCACUCAAGAGCAAUGGAGCCGAUGAGCUGAAGAGCGAGCUUAAGGACGAGAAACUGGCUGCAGAGCAAAAACUAGCCGCUGAGGAGGAGGAGCGGGAGCGCCCCGUCUCCUUGUGGUGCCGCCUGCGUGGCUAUAAAUGCAGCGUAGAUGAUGCGCUGAUCGUGUUCGGCAUUCUUCUGUUCAUGCUGCUGCUGGGCGUGAUUGGCUAUGUGCUCACCCAUGAGACGAUGACGUCGCCUCCAUUGCGCGAUGGCCGCUACAUCUCCACCGUCACCGGCUGCGGCUUGGUCGAGGGUGUCAAGGAUGAUGGCGCAUUUGCCUUCCGUGGUAUUCCAUUUGCCAAGCCGCCACUGGAUGAGCUGCGCUGGCGUCCAGCGCAACUGAUUGAGCAGAUCGACGACUGCUGGAACGGCACACUGCAGGUGCACAAUCGGAGCACUGUCUGUACGCAGCGUUUGGGCAAUGGCACAACAAUUGGCGAAGAGGAUUGUCUCUAUUUGGAUGUGGUUACGCCGCAUGUGCGCUACGAGAAUCUGCUGCCUGUGGUGGUGCUCAUUGGCGCCGAUUCGUUGGCUGGUCCCUCUCCUGGCAUUCUGCGCCCCUCAGCGCGCUACUCCCGCUCCCAUGAUGUGAUCUUUGUGCGUCCGAACUUCCGCUUGGGUGUCUUUGGUUUCCUCGCAUUGGAAGCCCUCACCAAGGAGUCGCAUCCACACACCUCGGGCAACUAUGCACUCACCGACAUCAUUGCAGCGCUCAAGUGGAUCCAGCUGAAUAUCCGGAAUUUCGGUGGCAAUCCACAGUCUGUUACUCUGCUGGGUUAUCGUGCAGGAGCGACGCUCGUCUCGGCUCUGGUCACCUCAAAGAAACUGGAGGGUCUGUACACCCGUGCCUGGGCCUCGUCCGCAUCGGCCAUUUUCCCAGGCAAACCGCUGCAGGAAUCGGAACGUUUGAAUCAGCAGAUCAUGGCCACUUUGGACUGUCAGGAUGCAGCUUGCCUGCGUGAGACAUCCAGCGAGAAAUUGUGGGCUGCCACGCCAGACACCUGGUUCCAAUUCCCCGCCACGAUUCCCCAAGCCCAAGAGCUGACCAAUGCCAAUCGUCACGAAUGGCUGGUGCUGGAUGGUGAUAUUCUCUAUCAGCAUCCAUCCGAGUCCUGGAAACUGGCGCCAAUCCCAACCAAUGCCAAUCAGCUGCAUCAGCCACGCCUCGUGAUGGGCUCCACUGCCCAUGAGGCACACACCCUGAAGCUGCGGGAAUUGCACGCCAACUGGACUGCCGAGGAAGUGCGUUCAUAUAUACAAAACUCGCAGCUGGGCGCACUCGGCUUGACCGAUGAGAUCAUCAAGCGUUAUAAUGCCACCAACUACGCCGCUCUAGUGGCCAUCAUCACAGACAUACGCACCGUUUGCCCGCUGUUGACGAAUGCCCGCCUCCAGCCCACCGUUCCCUUCUAUGUGGUCACCCAGGGUGAGGGCAGCGACAAGCUGGCCACCGUGGAUGCCGAUGUUCAGGCCAUCCUGGGACGCUACGAGCCCCAUACCGUUGAACAGCGACGCUUUGUCUCGGCAAUGCAGCAGCUGUUCUACUACUAUGUCUCCCAUGGUACGGUACAGUCGUUUGAUACGCGUCGUCGCGUCAUCAUCGUAGAGCAGGAUGCGCAAGCACAGGAGGAUCACGAUCACUGCAACUACUGGAUCGGAAAGGAUAUUGUGCCGCGAUUCGCGCGUGUCGAUUAAGCAACAGAGAGAUCCUUCCUAUACCUAAUCCCAAACCCAAACCCAAUCCUAACCUCCGUAAUCUAUGACAAUGUUCGACGGUUUAUUAACUGUCCUGUAAAAGUUAAUUUUAUCUUUCUCUCUCUCACACACUUUGUAUCCGCCCCUUUUUAGAGUUUGUAGUGCUCUUUAGCUUUUCCAGUUUUCCCGAUUUCAUUAUGAGUUUAGUUUAGCCUAAGUGAAUCUAGUGUUUAUAUACGAAUGUACAUUUAGUUUCGACAAUUAUUUAAGUUGUAAGUUUUUUAAGUGUAACGCAUAACUCCACAGCAGCAAAAUGCAUCUAAGUAUGCCUCUACUAAACAUAAACAUUAACAUAAACAUAUACAUACAUGCAUAUAUCUAUGAUAAUGUAUUCUUUAAUCUUAACAACACACUCAAAACACACACAAAUAAAACACAACAAAAUAUAUUUGAACAUAUACUUGAAAAGUAUAGACAAAA